UUUCAAAGAUUAACUUAAGUGCUUCAUAAAUACUGUCUACACCCUCCCUAAGUACUCUAGCAUGUAGCUCAUCAGGACCACUAGCUUUCCUAUCGUCUAGUUCAAGAAUAAAUUUCCAUACCUGGAAAUGGAAGAGUAGGGCAGGAAGUCUGAAGCAUUAAUGUUUUCCCUCCCUCCCCCCUCCCUCAUCAUUCAUCACAUUCACACCUGUUCCCCAUCCCCAUCCCUGUCCCUGAGGGGUCCCUGCCUUUCAAUGUCACACAUAAGCGGCGAAGUCGUUCAGUAUCCCCAGAAGCCAGCGUAGAGAGGUUGACUAUCAUGUCAAAACUAAAGUUAUUUGUGCAUCAGAAGCAGAAGGCUUACUGAAAGAGCCAACUUGUCGUAAACACUGGGUUCACCCACUUAAAGCUAAACGAGAAACAAGUAAAAGAUUUGAAAAGUUUUAUGAGAAUAUACGAAAAUAUGAUGAAAGAUUUUUGUGAGUAUUACAGAAUGUACAAACUUUCUUUUGAUGAGCUGCUGGAAGUGCUGAGGCCUCAUAUCUCCAAGCAAAUUACAAAGUUUCGAAGAUCAUUAUCUCUAGAAGAAAGACUAACAAUUACACUAAGAUGAGUGAAAAAAAAAAAAACUGACUAUUUAUUCAGACUGAAAAACAUGGGGAUGUAAUACAGUAACUGUAGGCGCUCUAGGAGGAUCUCUAGUGACUCACGACUGACGUGUGUUUACUGAUCAAAGAUAUCGUUGUAGGGUCGAGGGAAAGCAGUAUUUCCUCUGACAAUUUAUUUUGGUAGGCUUGACCGUAAGAACUGUUUGGACAAAGUUUCCCUAUAUUAAAUCUUAUAAGUAACAUUAUUCACUUGUACAAACACUUUCAAUACAUUAUACUAGUUAUAAACUCCACAUCAAUCAAUUUGGCACUAUAACAUUAGGUUAAUACUACAAAAAUACAAUGUUUACCUUAUCGUUUCCCUGCGCACGUCUGAAUCUCGCGCCCUCUCUCUCGUGAGUGAAGACUCGUGAUGCCCUGAGGCUAACCCUGAGCAAGGACCCUCUACUAUAGAGAAGGACCCGCCACCCCUAUGGGGAGAUUGGUCGUCGCUCUCGCUCGCCGGGACGGUGGCGCCUCUAGCGGCCAGAGGGAAUCAUUACUGUUGCCGCCUCUGUAAACAAACCCGUGAUGGGUGUUUAUUGUGAAUAAAAACGAUUUUCCAUUUAAUUUUCAUAACAGUAUGGGGAUUAUUGGUUGCUCUGCGAUAAAUUGCUCCAAUAAUUCAAAGUGGAACAGGGAUUUAUCCUUUUUUCGCUUCCCAAAAGACCCUAAUAGGCUAAAACAAUGGGUUCAGGCUUGCAGACGGAAGGAUAUAAUGAAAGUGACUGCAGAGUAUGCCUAUAUCAAUUUAAGACUCUGCAGUCAACAUUUCAUGGAUUCCUGCUUUAUGAAUGUGCAGGAGAGAAGGAAAUUGGUGUGGGAUGCAGUUCCCACUCUGUUUGAUAUUCCAAACCCUCCUCGCAAAUCUCCGAAGAGGAAGCCGCCCAAAUUCCGUGAUCCAUCUCCUCCAGCAAGAAAAAAAAAAAAGUUAUUAAGUAACCCAGAGGAGCCUGAUACAGAUAAACCAGAUGCUGGUAGCCCAUCUCUACCUGGUGCUGAUGGAAACUCAUCAUCUCUACUUGAUGCUGGAAGUUCCUCAACAACUGACCCAGAUACACCAUCAGAGCCCAAAACAGCUCAUGUAUCAUCACAAACUGGAAAAUACAUAAGUUAAAUAAUGAUUUUCAAAGCUCUCAAGUUAAGAAGGAAAGUAGGAAAUCUUUGAUUUUAAAACAUAAGUAAUAUUUUAUAAAGAAGUAAUGCCUUUUUUUUUUCUUUGGUGCUAAUUGUACCGUACAGGUGUGUGUCUCAGUACUGUACUGUAUUAUCAAUGUACUGUUGCUAAGUUUAUGCCUUUUUUUUUUUUCCUUGGUGCUAAUUGUACCGUACAGGUGUCUCAGUACUAUACUGUAUUAUCAAUGUAUUGUACAACUAUGAGUUGCAAAGUUUAUACCCUUUUUUUGAGAUGGUGAUAUCAUUGUACUGUAUACAGUACUACAUGCUGUCUCUCACUAUAUCAUUAAUGUACUGUACAACUAUGAGAUGCAAAAGUUUUUCCCUUCUUUUAGAAUAAGGAUUAACUAAAGUACGGAUUGAUAUCGGAUAUUUUUUCUAAACCUAGUUUUUUACCCAUAUCUUCGGUCCUACUAACACCAAUUUUUCAUGCAAUUUAUAGGUAGAAAAUUGGGAAUGCAGUACAACUAUAUAUAAUUCCUCCAGGUCCUGUAUUUUUGUCUUGUACCUUUUCUUCACUCCAGGGUCACAGAACCCAAAGCUUUUAGAGAUGGGGGGAGGUGAAUGAGGAAGGGUGGAUUGCCGAGAGAUGGUGUUUAGUAAGGGACUAAACUUGUUUCUGUCAUUUCCACCGGUACCCAGUUCAGCCAUCCAGAUUUCCCUGAAAAAGUAGUUAAAACACACUGACUAUUUACUAAUUCUAUUUUUCAAAUGUAAUCCUUCAAAUCUCUCUCUCUCUCUCUCUCAGGAGGUCCAAGGUAACCCUCUGCUUCAGCUUUUUAAUAUGUGCUUUUGGAUGGGAUACAUGCCACAGGCCUGGACCACCAGCAUUAUAGUGCCUAUACCAAAACCCGGCACUGAUAAAUUUCACCCCAUCUCCCUGACAUCGUGUUUCAGCAAGGUGCUUGAACGGAUCUUCCUUAACCGUCUGCUGUUCCGUCUACAAUCCAAGCUUUCGCCACGACUGUCUGGUUUUCUGCCUCAGCGAGGGACACAUCACUGUCUUUUAGAGCUUUACACCCGCCUCUCACCCUCCAGUGUUGUAGCAUUCAUCGACCUUAAAAGUGCCUUUGAUAUUGCCAACCAGGAAGUCAUACUUGAUCAGCUUGUCGCCUUUGGUGUUAAGGGAAACUUGUUGAGAUGAAUACACAGCUACCUCAGCAACAGAACUGCUCGUGUCCUUUUUAGGGGCGCGUACAGUACCUCUAAAAGUUUUGAUUUGGGUGCUCCACAGGGUGGCGUUCUUAAUCCAUUUCUCUUCAAUGUCCUUGUACACCGACUCCUUUCUCUUCUCCCUGACAUCCCCGUCAUUUCAAUCACUUGUUAUGCUGAUGACAUAUGCAUCCAUUCUAACUCACCCCAGGAUCUUCAGCUCUUCCUUCACGCGUUUUAUGCAUCAUCAUCUGAUUGUGGCCUCGUCAUUUCCCCUGAAAAGAGUAGGAUUUUCUCCACCCGCUUCCUUCGAACACUCCCUGUCUUCACUGUGGGUGGCAGUGUUGUCCCUCACUGCACACAGUACAUCUACUUAAGAGCGCCCAUGCGUGUCACCCCAGCCAUACCUGCACGACAACGUGUCCAUCCCAUCAUUAAGGACCUCCUGGAUAGACUAGAGCAGCGCUUUAUCCCUGUCAAGUGGCUUGCCAACAACAUAAAAGGAGUCUCUAUCCCUGUAGCCAAGACAAUAUACAUCGUGUUUCUUCGAUCCCUCGUCGACUACCUUUCCCCCGCGCUCUGUCACCUCUCCAAGACAUCAUUGCAACCACUUGAAAAAUUUCAAAACAAAGUCAUGCAGUUUAUCCUGGGUUGCCCUGCCUCCACCAGAAUAGUUAACAUGCUGUCUGAGCUGAAUUUAAAGCCACUUGUUGAUAGAAUCUACACGAACGUCACAUACUUCAGUAUCAAGUGUCUGCGCUCUCCUCAUCUUGCUCCUCACUACUCCUGUGUCAUCCGAGCAGCACUCGACCCCGUUACACCCCGGCUUUCACUUCGCCCUGGCGGACGUACCCUUGUCUGCACGGUCUGUGCAGCAUGUGCCGUGUUCUCCCCUACUAUGGAGCCCCCAGGGGGGGAUGGAUGGGUUGGCCGUCGUUUACCCAACGCGUCGAGUUCCACCUACUGUGAGCUCAAUGGCCUAUUGGACGCUGUUACCAUCCUUACUGAGAGGGGACUGGACGGGGUGAUCGUCUGUGACUCUAAGUCUGCCCUUCACGUCUCCAAGACCUGCUUAUGACCAUGUAGUACGAGACAUAUUGUGUCGGCUGGCCACUGCCCAUGACAGUGCUUUAGUUGUGUCCUUUCUAUGGGUGCCGUCUCACGUGGGACUCACAGCUAAUGAUACUGUGGACGGUCUUGCUAAGGCUGCAUGUGGUCUCCCCUUGCCUGCAGUGCGUGCCGCGCCCUCCUUACGGUGCUACAGAAAUACACUGUUUUCUGCUGUUAAUGCCCUGACAGUGAAUCGUAGGAAUACCGAGCGUGCUGAUAGUGUAUCCAUACAGCAUUAUGACAACUUCAUUGACACCACGCACAAAUAUUGCCGCCACGGACUCAUGGUCCGCAGACACAAUGUCAUAAGUGCUAGGCUUAGAUUAGGUUACCGACCAGUGUGGCAGGUUUCCCAGGCUGAGGAUGUGCCUCACUAUUCCACCUGUAAGUUGUGUCACCUUGCCAAUGCCAAUACCCUCGAACAUUAUUGUCUCGCGUGCCCCACAGUGAGAGACUUGCUACCACAAGGGCAGGAUUUAAUAUCUGUAUGUAAGUAAAUAUUUCCUUCUGAAUGAUAACUUGGAUUUGAUGCUCAUGAGACAUCAAUAUUUUGGUGGUUACUAAAUGCAAAUAUUUAAGUUUUCUAAUGUGUGUGUGU